ACGACGCUGAUUGGUUGCCAUCUGUUUACAAAUUUGAGCCCAGCUGAAGUUGAAUGUAGUUCUCGUGUAAGCAAGCAUUCGCUGGGGAGAGGAAUACACUGCCUCAGUACCUGGUGGCUGUACCACGAUCUCACUGUGCCUGUGUUGAAUUGGUGUUUAGUGCUCAGCUGAUGCCACUUUACCCAGGGCCUUGCUCUCCUGCCAUCUCCCACAGAGGAUGUCCCAGGUCACCUGUUGUUCCAGCCUGCUGCCCAUCUCACCUGGUGCCUGUCUUUGUUAUACAACUCUGCUGAAUCUUCCCGUUGCUUCACAGUUUAGGCUAAGUGGUGUUGGGAUUCCGAGGAACAAGGCAUCUUUGCAAAAUGACAGCGCCAGUGGCUGAAAUAACCGACUUUGAUUCAGAAUUGGAGAUUUUUCAGCAGAAAUGUUUAACAAACAGGAAAACUUUACAGAAGAUCCUGUCAAAUUUCACCAAUGCAGCAGACUCAAUCAGCCAAUUUCGUCAAAGCCUCAAUAAAAAGUCGAAAGAUGAUAUAGCAGAAUUAGAGAAGAGAGUAGAGAGCAUACGUAUAAACAUCAGCAAUGUCCAUGGGGACAAAGAUCGGGUGGAACAAGAGAUUCAACAGCUGAUGCAAGACCUGGAGCUCAUUAAUGUGGCAAUCAGUGAAAAGAUCACAGAGAGAGAUGAGCUAAAGGAGAAACUAGAUGAACUUAAGAAAAGAGUGAAAGAAAAGGAGGAGGUGGUGGUGAACACAGAGAAAAGCACAAAGGAAUCCAUGAGCAACAUAGAACGUGGUGCGUUGCUGUUCCAGUCCCAUCUUGGAUUAAACAUGAAAUGCACCAACCGCAAUACCCUUCUCUUCAUAUUCACUCAGGUGAAUCGAUCCAAGCCCAAUGAAGAAUACAUACUGGAACUGACGAUUGAGGGGCAAAAGUAUCGUCUUCUUCGUUCAGUUCCGGAAAUUUCCAAUCUACAAGAACUAGAGAACAAACUCAAUGAAACUAACAACUUCUCUGGCUGCAUUGUGCAUAUUCGAAAACUUUACCAGAAAAUGCAAAAAUGGUGUUAGGUGGGUCAUUUCACUAUGCCUAAAGUUGAUAUUAUAGAACCUUUUUACUUCAACCCCUUUAGGUGCAGUACUAAUUUUAGCCCAGUCCCUACCGAGGAUCGAAAUGUCAUCAUAAAAUGUUUAAAUUCUCAUUUCUAGUUUGAAAAAACACCUGCUCUUUUCAGCUGUGCCAUUGUAUUUUGUUUUGAUUUUUAAAACAAAUUUCAUGGUGAAAAUAUAAUUAAACCCAAAUUUCUUUUUAGGGCAGAGGACCUGGUUAAACAUCACAAAAAUUUGAAAAUACUUUUCUGAAAAUGUGAAUAGAUUUUGUUUGCCGAUUUGUAAAUCCAUUGCUCUGUGUCGACUGCUAUUGCCUAGCUCAAUAAUAUAAUUAAGGUUCUCAAACUGUGUUCAUCUCCUAAUGCCUUUAUACAUACAGGUACUUGAGGACUAGCUACCCGAGAUAUCAGAAUAGGAUGUAUAGUUACACUAAUUAGAAAUAUACAGUCAUAUUUUAUUUACAUAUUUACACCUCAUGGCUGAUAUAAUAAAUGCUAUCAAAGAAAUUAAAGAUAACGGUACUAUGUCUAUAUCUUAUUAGAUUUUUUCUUGAAUAUGCUGUCUAAAUCUUCAUUUCUUAUUUAGAAAAUUAUUUGCUUUAAUAUAUGAUGCUUUUUCUCUAUCAUUAUACAACUUUUACUAGUUUUUUAAAUAAAUAAUUUCUUCA